UUCCCCAGAAGUACAAACACACGCACAGAGCCCCAUUGUUGCCGCCUUCCCCGGCCCACUGGUCCUAAUAUGGAAUGCAGCAGGAAACCCACGAUUUCCUGACGCUCGGCAAGCUGGAGGAAGCGAGGGGGGAAACUCCGUUUAAAAGCCUUGCCCUCCUCCAUGUUAGCUGUGUGCUGGAAAACCAGGCAGGAGUUAUCCAAAUCCCACCGUGUCGUCAACCGGGCUGGGGAUGGGGAAGGCAGAGUGAGACUCUCAACAGGCUGCUGCAAUAUUUAUACUGCCAGGAAGUCCCGGGAAGUCUGUGGAAACGAGAGCGUCUUAACUCCAGACAUUGGGGGAAAGGGACAGACCUUUACAUCCCUCCUCCCAAGAGUGCGUUCCCUUUCUCGUCCAGCAUGGUGAGCAGCGGGGCUGGUGUGUGUCUGGGCCGUGCCUGGGAGAGCCAGACCAGCCACAGUCAGGUCGCCUGAGCCGCAGUCUGGGGCCGGCCCCACUGCUCCAUGCGCUGCCGAAGCCCCAGCAGCAGCAGCCGGAGCCGCCAACAUGAGCUGCAGAGAGGGGACUGACAGCAGCUGCGGCUGCGGUGGGCGCGACGAGAACAGGAUCCUGAAGUGUGUGGUGGUCGGGGACGGCGCGGUGGGGAAGACCUGCCUGCUGAUGAGCUAUGCCAACGACGCCUUCCCGGAGGAGUACGUGCCCACUGUGUUUGAUCACUAUGCAGUGACCGUGACAGUGGGAGGCAAGCAGCACUUGCUUGGACUGUACGACACCGCAGGACAGGAGGACUACAACCAGCUGCGGCCACUCUCCUACCCCAACACCGAUGUGUUUCUCAUCUGCUUCUCUGUCGUAAACCCCGCCUCUUAUCACAACGUCCAGGAGGAGUGGGUCCCGGAACUGAAGGACUGCAUGCCUCAUGUGCCUUACGUGCUCAUCGGGACCCAGAUUGAUCUCCGGGAUGACCCCAAAACCUUGGCCCGUCUCCUGUACAUGAAAGAGAAGCCCCUCACCUACGAGCAUGGCGUGAAGUUGGCGAAAGCGAUCGGAGCACAGUGCUACCUGGAAUGUUCUGCCCUGACUCAGAAGGGUCUCAAGGCGGUCUUCGACGAAGCCAUUCUCACUAUUUUCCACCCCAAGAAAAAAAAGAAAGGCUGUUCCGAGUGCCGCCGCUGCUGUACAGUUAUCUGAAGUUGCCCAAGGCCCAUCUCCCCGCCAUCCAAGGGUAUUCAGAGCAGCAGUCUCUGUGACCCAGCUCCAGCCAAAAACGGAGGGCAAUACGGGAAAGGAAUUCCUGCAUCCCAAGGCCUGUCCUGUGCCCUGCCAGUUCCCCAGCUCAGCAUCCUGUCAGCCACUGCCACAUCCCCAGGCCAGAGCAUCCAAACUGCUUACGGAGGAUGCCGAGCCACAUUCAGACAGUGCCGGGGAGGUGUUGGAAGCAAGUCACCAUUGUCCUGUAUUUCACAUCUCCCUUCCACAGAUGUGAACCGACAGGAAGUCAGAGUGGGAAAGCCAAGCAUUCUGUCCGGCACCGGUGGCCUUACUUCAUGCCUUUGCCAAAUUUAGAAACACAACGCCAACAUUUUUCCUGAGACUGUUGUUUGAGCCAAGGGUCCUAACACUCCUCUCUAUUCCAGUUUCCUGAUGGCCAAUCACUUGAGCCUCGCAAAUCCAACUCAAAAUAGUUAAAAGACAAUCUGGAUUAUACGCACUCUUAUUGACGGUGGGUCUCUGCCAAUGUUCUUAGAGCCAACAUGUACCUCUGAAUGCCUAAUUACAAAAAAAAAAAACUCACUUUACAACUUUCAUAAACUUACAGACCUAUAAUUUUUUUUAGCCUUUUUAAAAGAAAACAUCCUAUGAAUUAUCAGUUUCCCCAGUUUUGCCAAAGAUUCAUCCUAUAAAUGCUUCAGGUGAUGGGGGCCUGCUCUUGCAAACUUCUACUGUCAUUCAAACUGAAGACAGACUGUCUUUGAAGAAAGAAAUAGACUUCAGCUUUUCAUCUAAAUUGGUCAGGACAAGAAUAUGGCGAAAGCCGUCUUCCUGACCCAGCAGAGCGGGCUUGCCCCACCCCUCACAGAAGGUCUGAGCUUUCCCUCCAUUCACCAGUCACACUUCCUCCUGGGUCCAGAUCCCUGUGUUCCCCAGUCACAGCCUGACCUUAAAGGGGAAAAAAAGAAGAGGAGGAGGAGGAGCUGUGGAUACCAGACAUGAAAAAUAAGUGUUCCAGAAUCCUGCAGGGUCAAAGUG